AUGGAGCUGCCGGAUCCGGUCCGCCAGCGGCUGGGAAACUUCAGCCGGACCGUGUUCAGCGACUCCAACCGGACCGGGCCGGAGUAUAACGAGGGUCCGGAUAAUGAAAUGGUUUCCAGUUUGGCACUGCAGAUGUCACUUUAUUUUAACACUUACUUUUUCCCACUUUGGUGGGUGAGCAGCAUUAUGAUGCUUCAGAUGAAGUAUUCCAUCUUGCCUGAUUACUACAAGUUCAUUGUGGUCACCAUUAUCAUCCUGAUAACUUUAAUUGAAGCUAUCAGGUUGUAUCUGGGCUACAUGGGGAACCUUCAGGAGAAGGUUCCUGAGUUGGCUGGCUUCUGGCUUUUGAGCCUUCUGUUGCAGUUGCCUUUAAUUCUUUUCUUGCUCUUCAAUGAGGGCCUAACAAAUCUGCCCUUGGAGAAAGCAGUACAUAUCAUCUUCACUAUAUUCCUUACUUUCCAAGUUGUUUCAGCAUUUCUUACCUUGAGGAAAAUGGUAAAUCAGCUGGCAACUCGUUUCCACCUCCAAGAAUUUGACCGGCUGUCUGCAAGCCGAGGAGACAUGCGAAGAGUGAGGUCCUGUAUAGAAGAGAUUUGA